AUGUAUCCUCGUAUUGAUGACGUUGGGCUUGCUUUGAUGAAAAUGUCCAAUCAUACAUCGGAUCAUACAUCCAAUCAUACAUAUUUUCUCAUUAUUUCGCAUUGGAGGAGUUUCAAAGCUAUCAUCGUGCUUGAAGAUUCUGCGUUGCGGCCCAAACGAAGAAUUUUACUUUCAUGGUUAGUGUCUGCUAGCAGAUAUAAUAACCCAAUGAUGAAUCAAAUUUCCUUUAAAUUUUAA